UGGUGAACCAGGUCGACGAAGAUACUCUGCCAACCGCCAAAAUCAUAAAAUGUCGCUUUUUGGUCAAGCUACUACACCAACUGUUUCUUCUGCAACAGGUGACCUUAAAUCAGAUGUUGAGGUUCCACAACCUCCAGAAGAUUCAAUUUCAGACUUGGCAUUCUCACCUCAGGCAGAUUAUUUGGCUGCUUCCUCUUGGGAUAGCAAGGUUCGUAUUUAUGAAGUUCAAUCGACUGGUCAAUCAGUAGGUAAAGCCUUAUAUGACCAUCAAGGUCCUGUUUUGAGUGUUCAUUGGUCGCGUGAUGGAACGAAACUUGCUUCUGGAAGUACCGAUAAAUCAGCAAAAGUCUUCGAUAUUCAAACAGGACAGAACCAACAGGUUGCUGCUCAUGACGAUACUAUCCGAUGCGUCCGUUUCGUUGAGAACAUCGGUAGUACCCCUAUUUUAGCUACAGGUUCCUGGGACAAAACUUUAAAGUACUGGGAUCUUCGUCAGCCAGCUCCUAUUGCUACCGUUAAUCUUCCUGAACGAGUUUAUACCAUGGAUUCUGUUCAUCCUUUGCUUGUUAUCGGUACUGCUGAGCGAAACGUUUGUGUCGUGAAUCUCUCUGAACCUACAAAGAUAUUUAAAGUAGCUAUGAGUCCUUUGAAAUUUCAAACUCGAAGUAUCGCAUGUUUUGCCAAAGCCGACGGUUAUGCAAUAGGUAGUGUUGAAGGAAGGUGUGCAAUUCAAAACCUGGAUGAAAAGAUUCAAAAAGAAAACUUUAGUUUUAGAUGCCACCGCACACAGGGAACGGGAACAUCCGAUGUUUACAGUGUGAAUUCUAUAGCCUUCCAUCCCCAAUACGGAACAUUUUCUACAGCUGGAUCAGACGGUACCUUUAGCUAUUGGGACAAGGACAGUCAUCAACGUUUAAAGAGUUAUCCCAACGUCGGAGGUCCGAUUGCUUGUACGGCCUUUAAUCGUACUGGUGAUAUAUUUGCUUAUGCUGUUAGCUACGAUUGGAGCAAGGGCCAUUCAUUCCAUACCCCUCAACAUCCUAACAAAAUCAUGUUACAUCCUGUUCCUCCUGAAGAAAUGAAACCACGUCCUAAAAGAAGGUAAUUAAUGGUUCCUAUUUUAUGCAUCAUGCAAAUCAAAAUUAUAAUUCAAAUUUCGGCUUUACUUUUGACUGAUCUGUUAGGUAUACAGUAAGUCAUCGCGAAACCACUUAAGGUUAUAAAGAAGAACAAAAAAGAUCACAUCAUUAUUUGUAUAACUAAAUCUUGAUGGCUGCUGCGGGUCAACCUCAAAGCAGUAUAAAGACAAGUUUCAUGUUUAGUAAUUUGACCUUGGAAACUGCGCAGUCUAUAUACACAAUUUUGGCGAUGUGAUGUGAUCCUUGAUGGUUUACAAAUACAUAUUCACGUUCAUUACAUUUGAAGACGCAUAACUUAGAAAGGGGCGACUACUUGAUUUAUUUUACGACGAGAAUAUAUUAUAGAAUAGAUUGCAAUAAGUGAGUCAUAAUUAAAUGGUUAUUAGCAGGAGUAAUAAAUUUUAAACCACUUAUUAUGGUUU